UCCUUGUAUUCUUGUAUCCUUGUAGGUUUUAUUGAAAGUGAAACUAGGGAAUACUUAAAAUAGAAGUAAAAAAAUAGAAGUGCAUUUGCACCAAAAAAUGGGACAUUUGCUGUCCCGGAAAAGAUUAUCAAUUUUCCGGGACAGACAUUAAAAAGAGAACAAUCCCGGGAAAACCAGAACGUGUGGUAACCCUAGGCUGGCCUUGUAUUAGGCUAGGUGAACUUGGCUAUUAAAUGGGAGACUUUCUGUGGCCCAUCUGUAAACAAUCUGGGUCUUAAAUUGCUCUGUAUGCAUUUCCAUGUUUGCAUUGCACUGCUAUACCAAAAAAUAUUUGACUGGUGCGCAAUUUUACGCACUGGGCGCACCUUGAAACAGUGUUUACCCUAUUUCAACCCUUCCCAUAAUGUGUAAGGUAAAUUGUGCUUGCUAGUAUGAUUAGUUUCUUUUAACUUGUCGGCCAUCCAGCCAGCCUGGUCAUAUGACCUAUAUUUUGAAGGAAAAUUGACUGUGAGCCACAAGUGUGAAAUCAUGUGUGUAAGCCUAUAUAAAAUGGAGAGUAACGUCACCAGUCGAAAUAACGGUACCCCCCGAAGCUCACGGUAUAAUUCAAACACUGAUUUUUAGACCAAUAGUGGCAAAAUAUUGGGCAAUUUGUCUCCGCCAGAGAACCGAGCAAAAUGCCAGCGGACCGCCAGCUAUGACCGACAGUGGUCUGCAGCCUCUUGCUAUCAGGUUCCUCAAUCCACCAGAUGGUGGCAGAAUAUUAGUAAAUGCCGAGUCUUCCGAGAGUCAGUUGGACACCACAAUGCAGUCAGUGAAAGUUGUGGUUGUAGGGGCAGGAGUGGUGGGCCUAUCCACGGCGGUAUGCAUCGCAGAGACCCUCCCCCACUGCUCAGUGACCGUCAUCAGUGAGCGCUUCACCCCUGACACCACCAGUGAUGGAGCCGCUGGGAUCUUGUUCGCUUCUCAGUUUCCAGAUAUUCCUCUGGAGCAGCAACAGCGGUGGUUCAAGGAAAGCUUUGAUCACCUGCUGGCCAUCGCCCAGUCCUCCAAGAGUGGUGAGACGGGAGUCAUCCUGAGCUCAGGAUUCGGCAAAGCUGGCGGUAAGAUCCUGAAUGGGAAGGUCUCUGAUCUCCAGCGCCUGGCUGACACCUAUGAUGUCAUUGUGAACUGUUCGGGACUAGGAGCUCACUCACUGGUGGGGGAUGCAAAGAUGCACCCCAUUCGUGGGCAGAUUCUCAAGUUCCACGCCCCCUGGGUGAAGAACUUUGUCCGUGAUGGGGAUGGCCACACCUACAUCUACCCGGGGGUGAACAGCGUUACCUUGGGGGGAACGCGGCAGGCUGGAGAUUGGCGUCUAGAGGUGGACGUGGGCGACAGGGAGGGCAUUCUGGAGCGCUGCUUUCGGCUGGAGCCGGCCCUUCAUGGUGGGAAGGUGGUGGGGAAGUGGGUUGGCCUGCGGCCGGGAAGGGAGAGCCCACGGGUGGAGGUGGAGUGGCUGAGAACAGCAGGGGGCCAGGAGGUGCCGCUGGUGCACAACUACGGCCACGGGGGCUUUGGGGUCACACUGGCAUGGGGCACGGCCCUGGAUGCCCUGGGGCUGGUGAGGCAGUCUCUGCUGCAGCAUCCCCCCAUGGCCAAGCUGUGAACAGAACGGACUCGGCUGUGCGAAUGGUAACUAGGUAAACAGAUGUAAACAUACAAAUACUGUUUAAUGCUAAUUCCUAAAUCUUUCAUAGAAUAUUUGUCAAAAUAUAAUAAGUGUAUUAAACUGUUUGACCAGAUAAUCUACACUUUUCUAAUCAAAACGAUUUAAAGGAAAGUUAAAAAGGAAUUGUGAUUUAUUUCAAUAAAUGUUCUUUAACACCAA